UAACUCGAGUCCCUGCGAAGUGUAGUUCGCCCAGCAAGGGUUAUAGUAUCGCGAACGCUUGACACGUAAAGACCUAACUAAAACCUAGUCCGUCCUGACACAGCUGCAGAGUGUUGGGAAGAAGUAGAAAACAGGGUAGAAAAUUUAAGAAUCCUAUGAAAAAAUCUAAAUCAGUCUUUGUUUUUCGAAAACAGGCUGGCCUUUGAAUGUAUUCAUGUGUUUAAGAUUAAAUCUGCUGAUUGCGACAAGAGGAAUUAGGUUUCGGUAGUAUAAUGCAAAACCUGUGUGAUUAGUUUUAGAUAACACUAAGUGAGGAUCUAAUUUGUAUCUCCGAUAGAGUUGAUUCGACGGGCUUUCAUCAACGCUGUCCUAAGUAGAAAAGUGCACAUCGUGAAAUUACAUCACUAAAAUUUAAGUUAGUAGGAAUUGUGGGCUUUGCAAAUACUGAACCCUACCAAAGUGAAAAAUAUAUGGUUAAUGUUCUACUUAUACUCCGCAUAAGCAGUAUAAACCAGAUUCUGUAGGUAGUGUGAUGCGAUUCACUACGACUUGAAAAGAAAUAUUCUGGGAUUUACCGAAAAGGACACAUGCGCCACGUAAAAAACGUGCUGUGACCAACAAAACUAGCGUAAAAUAGAUUACAGGCUGUGCUUGAAAGGAUCGGAUAUAAAACUAGGAUUUACUGAAACACACAAGCAUCCCCCAGUGAAGAAGUGCUCGUCACCAAUUCAAAGAUAAACAUAGACAGCGCAACGGACAAAAUGAAGAAACGUGACACCGAUUUAUGACUCGUAAAAACCAGAUCGGGAGGCUGUAAAAUCAAAGUGACGACUCGUUGUCUACCGGCUGCUUCGACCGUCACAACAUACAGCCUAACACCACCGAUUGUAGCACCCCCUUACACGCCGGCAACGACCAACAAAACUGCUGUCACGUUCGAACUCGGAGCGGAAGGCGGGGCCAUUACCAACACAAAAAUUCAUAACCAAUCACACAUCCUAUCUGACACUGCCACCCCGUUCGAUUAUCGUGGCAAUCCGGAAAACAGCCAUCACCAUAGCUCAAUCAAGGACUCGGGCAUUGAUAUCAACGCCACGAAUCCAGACACAACGGCCACCGUGGACCGCCAAACGACAGAUUACACUAGGAACAAAUCAACAACACGUAGUUGGCCGGUAAUACACCGGAACAACUCAUGCCGAUAUCAGCUGCAGCCGUCGACUCAUAACCAUCGGCGGCAACAAUCACACCAGUAUUACCAAUAUGAUUAUGACGCCCUAACCAACGUAAAUUGUUCAUCAAAUGAUACCAACAACAACAUCAGUUACAACUCGAACGAAGAUUAUCUAGGCAGUAGCAGUUACGAUAAAUCCCCAAGCAUUGACAGCUAUUAUUAUCCUCAUUACAAACCUAGUAUGCAACAGUCGACCACGGCAAUGACCACAACUGCUAGCCAAGGCGGAACUACCAUUACUUCUACUGCACACCAGACUCAGCCCACCACGACAUGCUGCAUGAUGCCACCACCGAUUCUGUUUCUUUUUUUCACCCUUCUGAUGACAUCCAGUGCGACUGCGAUGCUUUGCGCCGCCAUCAUGACCGACCAUUGGGAACACGUGUCCUGGAACCGGGAACAGCUCGAUAGACUCAGCAACAAGUCCUCGAUUGAGCUGCAGUGGUAUCUCGAUGGACGGGCGGCCAAGUUUUCAGUAUCCGAUGCACACCGGAAAUCGCAGGAUGGCAGAAAUAAAGAAUUGGAACUUCCGCGACGAUACGGAGUGAAAAGCAACAAACCGGCAUUCGACAAACGAGCCAAUGUAUUUCUGGUGCCAAUGAACGGAGGCAUCUGGACGCUGUGCGUCGAUCUGACACCAGAUGAAAUACGAUCGAUGUCGAGCGAUGGCUUCCCGCAAGUCGAUCAGUGUGUUAACUAUCUCGCCGGCAACACUGACAGUACAGCUGUCAAUGAAGAAAAUACUCGUGCCGAAUGGCAACACAGUGAGUUCCAGCCCUCAUUACAUCCACAUUUAAGAAUGCAAAACUUAUCGAUCUCGUGCUCACUGGUGUGCCUUAUAAUACUGGGCAGCGCAGCUCUGGUUGGAGCUUUCGGAGUAUGUCAACGGCAAAUUAGUGCCGUGCUGGUCACCGGAGUGAUGUACCUGUUGGCCGCUUUGUUCGCGCUCUUCACGCUGAUGAUAAUACAUUUCAAGCGCCAGCAAGGACGUCCGCUGUCAGAAAUCGACUAUGGCGUCUCCAUCGAUGGAGUGGUCGCCGUCAAGCCUGACUUCUUGUAUGCACAACCACUUCUGGAUGCAAGGGUCAUCGUUACCGCAUGGAGCCUGGACCUUGGUUGGGGAGGUGUAGUUCUUUGCACCUUUACAUCGUUCCUUUGGAUACUAUUGUCCAAGAUCAUGAGAUUUAAUCCACUCUCGGCGAUGAUUUGAUUAAUUAAAAUCAAAUUCAACAAAGUUGCUGUUUACAAUGUGACAUAAAUCGGUUUGCGGUGCAAUUUUCAUUGGAUCAAUCUUGUUAAUACAUAUAUCAAACAUUGCCAUCAGCUUAAUAUUCACUGUACUAAUUUGAUUUAUAGAUUAGAGCACCUGCAGAGAACGUCCAUUUGAUUAGGACCACUCCAUUCAAUUUACUAUACAAAUUAACAAUAAAGACAUCCAUAAUACAAAUCCAGUACAUACCACCUUCUAGAAUGAACUAUCCAGCAGUGUCGUAUUUGAAGGAUAAAAACAGAACUAAAAGACUUUUACAGACGAAGGUCCACAUUUUGACGUAUUACACGAGAUUUUUUAUAAAUAAUUACUUUCGCUAUACACGAGAACUCAAGCUUUUUGAACGCUAUUAUACUUAAGUGAGCUAUACAUCGGACGUUUUGAAAUGAGCUUUUUACUGCAUACAUAAAAAUAAACCAGAUCAAAAAAACACAAAGUACGACUAUUGCAAUGCUUUCAUUGCUAGAUAUUUUUAUUCAUACGUUUUUUUCUCCUCUGUAUAAAAAUAAAAGAAUUUGGUGGUAGAAGCGCAUUAUCAAACAUAGAGACAAAACAUUGAUUAGAAAAGUUACAACUAUGGUGGUAACUGCAUACAUCAAAAUCCAACAUCAUAGAUUAAAUUUCGUAUUAAUGCUUUGCCUUAUAACAGAUGCAUAUAAAGAUUCACAUUAUAUACAAAUAAAUAACAUUCGCU